AUGGCUAAGUCGCCAGAAGAACAGCGCCCCAAGAAGGCUUUCGGAUGGGCAGCCAAAGACAGUUCUGGUGUUCUUUCUCCUUUCAAGUUUUCCAGUAGGGCAACUGGGGAGAAAGAUGUGGCUUUCAAAGUACUUUACUGUGGGAUGCGCCAUAGUGAUAUUCAUAUGGUCAAGAAUGAAUGGAGCAAUUCUCUUUACCCUUUUGUUCCCGGAUUAGAUCUGAACGAUCCAUUCUUUGGUGUUGUUAAGCAGCAUGAGAUUGUUGGUGAAGUGACUGAGGUGGAAAGUAAGGUUCAAAGUCGGAGACCGAGUUGGCGUCGGGUGCAUGGUCUAUUCCUUCCGUUCCUGCCAUAA